AUGAUAAAUGAGUCCAAAAGCAAGAAUUACUGCUUGUACCAUGAAGCUCACGGUCACCACAUCAAUGAUCGCAAGAAUUUGAUUAGGUUCAUUAAUGACCUGGUCAAAGAAGGUAAUUUAAAAGAGUUCAUAUCCAAGGGUCGAAAUCCAAUAUCAACCAAGGAAGUUAAAGGGUGUGUCAAGAUGAUAAACUUUGUAGAUCGAAUUAGGAAUGACUCACAUCCCGACCUCAUUAAAAGGAAGAGAAAUCUCUACAAGAUCAAUGUCACAUGUAUCCAUCCAAGCUUCAAAGGUUUCUUGUUACCUCAAGAUGAAAUCAGAUUCACUUCCAGGGACUUAGCAAGAGUGAGAUUUUCACAUUCCGAUGCUCUGGUAGUAGGGAUGAUAUUUUAUGGAUGGGAUUGCAGGAAGAUAUUGAUCGACCAAGGAUCUACAUGUAACAUAAUCUACAUGCAACCUGCCGAGAAGAUGAAGCUCACAGAAGGAGAUCUAAGAGCGAACAACGCUAUAAUAGUUGGAUUUGAUGGAUCCAGAACACGUGGAUUUUCUAGUUCUCAACACCCGUUCACCUUGCAAUGUGAUCCUAGGAAGGAACUGGUCACAUGCAAUGCAUCCAGUUCCUUCGACCUAUCACCAGAAUCUGAAAUUCAUGACGAGCUAUGGAGAAAACGUGAUCCGGGAAAAUCAAGCAGUUUCAAAAGAAUUAGCAGUAUUAUCUCUGGCUCAGUAGGAAGAUCUACAUGGUGGACAAAGGAGAUGGAAAUCCUAAAAGGAAAUUAUCAGAGCUAA